GCAGCUGUCAGAUGUGUAAGCAGCGCUGAAGCGCCUCCAGCUCCCAGAAAAGGCUGUAAAGAGAGGGUUUUCAGCGUGCAGGCAUGAAGACAGUGUUUGUUACUGUCGGCACCACCAGCUUCGAUGAGCUGGUUGAAAGCAUCACGUCCACGGAGGCCACGCAGAAAUUAAAGGCUCGCGGAUACGAGCGUUUGGUUGUUCAGGUUGGAAGAGGGUCCUAUCUGCCAGAUGCUGACAGCUGUCCACACCUCCGACUGGAGGCUUUUCGAUUCAAAGAUUCAAUUGCAGAAGACAUGAGACAGGCAGACCUUGUCAUUAGCCAUGCAGGAGCAGGAAGUUGCCUGGAGGCUCUUGAUGCCGGCAAACCUCUCCUGGUCGUGGUCAACGACAAGCUCAUGAACAACCACCAGCUGGAGCUGGCCAAACAGCUGCAUAUGGAUAACCACCUGUUGUACUGCACAUGCAGCACUCUGACAGAAAUGCUGGGGAACAUGGACCUGUCUGUUCUGCAACCAUUCCCACCUGGACAACCAAAGAACUUUGCAAACUUUUUAGACAAAGUUCUCGGGAUACAAUGAAGCUUUCAUUCCAGGCGACUCAUAAACUGUUACACUUGAGGUUUAAAAGUGUUAAAAAAAAUGUUUCUGAAUAAUAUAUCAACUAUAUGAAUGGCUGGCAUGGUUCAGUGUUUUUUAUAUUUUUUUAUGUUGGAAAAAAAAUACAUAUCCUACUUCAAAUCCUCACAUUCAUAAUGUUGUGAAUUAUUUAAAUAGUGAUUUUCAAUUUAGCUCUUUAAGGACUGAAAACCAAGGGUUGCACAAAGUGCUGUUUUUGGUGCAGCAAAGACCAAGACCCGUGCAUGUAGUCAUCAGUCUGAACCAUCUGAAAACUGGAUAACUCACAGGCUCCAAUUCAAGGUAAGUACCAGAGAUAGUGAUAGUUAUCACGUCAUCUAUUGGGGAAAUGUUUUUCCCCCAAAUACAAUCAACAUAUGGUGUUUUGCACAAAACGCAGGCCUGAAAAGUCAAAUGGAUCUAUGUAUAUUAAAUAACAUUAAAUUGAUGAGCAACAAACAUGAAAUAUCUUGUCCUCAUACAAGAAUUAUAAUUUUCUAAAAUUGUAUCUGCAUUUUCCAUUUCACCCCAACAUUUUCUGGUUUGGAUCUUUGGAACAAAACCAGCUUUGGUAUUGAUUUUAAAAAGAUGUCCCACUUUUAGCAUUUCCUAGAUGAUUGGGAAGUCACACCCAUUGCUAAUGGAUGUAAUUGCUCUUACACUGUUUAUCAAAUGAAAUUUUGAUUAUUUGCUACUUUUAUUGCAGGUUAUUUUAAUGGUAUUUCUUGGUUUUCAUGAUUUUACAGUCUGAUGUGUAUUUGAGUGUUAAUACAUGCCAUCGUCUGGAACUCUCUCUUUAAGAGGAUGGAUGUCUGGACCAAGGCUGAACUCUGCUUGUAGUUCUGAUAUUUUGCAUUGUUUUACCUUUUUUUUGUUUUGAUGUCUUUUGGUAACUUUACUACGCUACAACAGCCCUCUGUGCUGAAUAAGAUAUAAAGCUGGGUAUAGGAUUAAUAAAAUACCUCAAGGCUCACCAGAUUUUGUUUGUUAUAAUAUGUGAUUUAAAUAAUGUAGCCUACAAAUGGUCUCCGCUGUAAAUAUUAAUAUCACCCUACAUCUGCAGAAAGUAUGUUUGGUGUAAAGAUGCCGUACUAUUACUUGCCACAAGGGUGAGAUGAUGUUUAUGUUGGUAAUCUUGUGGGUUGAUUAUUUGUCUUUCCAGGAUCCGUAUUGUGCACUGUCCACAAUAUUCACUCACAUUUGCAUGCUUUUGAGAUUUUUAUUGAUUUUGUUAAUUGAUCUAGAAUUUAACAUUCAUGACAUUUUUCAGCCUUGGUCAGCUAAUGUAGUUCCUCACAUGAACUCCUUUGCAAAACUUCACUUAAGAAAGACAUGCCAUCCAAAGUGAUGAUGUUGUUCAAACACUGCUGACUCACUCUUCCUUUAAGUUAGUUUCUCCAUCAGAAGAGUUUUUUUUAAAAACAGGAAAUGAGUGAAAAGAAGCACGUAGUCUAGUUUGAUCCUUCAACCUCUGAUCAGUUCAGGCACAAUGGAAAACACUUCCAGAUGCUCAAACACUGAUGAGCUACUUCAGCUCAUCACGAAGCAGCUGUUUAUUUCAUAUGUUAAACUGCUUGCGGCAGAUAAGGCUAAAAACCGGUUUCCCCAGUAUUAAGGCAUAUGUGAGGUAAGAACUAUGUUAUGCCCGUUGUAAAAGAGCAACAAACAUGUUUCAUUUUCAGUUCAGGAAAGUCCCUGAUGUUUACUUGUUGAAUUUCAGGGGAAAGAGGUUGGUACAUCGUUCUUCAGUUCCUGUCUUAAAAUGUGUCAGCUGAGAAACAAAGUAGCAGGUUCUGGAGUUUAUUAAAUGAUACAAUAGUUUUAGUUUAAGACUGUGGUUAUAUCAGACCGCUAUUUAAUGUUACAUUAAUUCUGACAAACAUACAUUAGAGGUCAUGCCACUUUAAAGAAUACUGAUUAUUCUAAAGGUUAAUAUUAUAAUGUCUUU